UACUCACUAUCAUCUCUACACAACUAUAUAAUCCGUAGGGCUUUUGUGAUGAAAUCACAAAAUGCAAGACUGAUGGGUGCUAAAGGUGCAGUGUGUGGGAUUUAGUGACAUCUAGUGGUGAGAUUGCUGAAUUGCAACCACAUGAAUACCCCUACAUUUCCGAGGGUAUGGGAGAACCUACGUUGGCUAUCAAGUGCCAUAAAAACGCGAAAAACGUGUUUUGGUUUGUCCAUUCUGGGCUACUGAAUAAAUAUAGCAAUGCGUCAUGGCAAACUUUGUGGAAAAGGACCCACUCCCGAUGUAGAUAAGAAAGGCCCGUUCUAAUUCAACAAAAACAUGAUUUGUGAUAUAAUGAAAACAAAAUUAUGAAUACUACAUUCCAUUUCUGCUACUAGAUCUGCCUAAAUCCUACACACUACGUUUUAAAUCUCUUUUUUUCUUUUCAUGAAGUAUGGCAAUGUCUUUUCGAAACACAAUUAAAUCAAACUCUACACAUUUGAACACUUGUUGUUGUCCAUUGAAAUCUAUGUACUUAAUUCUUAACUCUGGUGUUAUCUGUGUACCGCAGCCUCUCAGACGUUCAGGUCUCGCCAAGGCUUGAUCAAGGCCAACGAAUUCAACGAAGCCUGUCUGAUGUGCAAGACAGGUGUGCAGCCGUCCGAGGAACACCUGGACCGACGACACUUCAGAUACGCUGUGCACUUCAAAGAACAUGGCGUUGAUCUCUUCACUGUCCCGUGCUACUGUGACAGACUACCGGACAUGAAGCGGAGUCACUGGCACUGUUUCAAGUGUGGUGCUAUUUUAAGCAGACGACAUGUUUUGAAAAGACAUUUAGAGAUACAUGGAUGUACUAGUUUGAAGGACUACAGCACGGACUGCCCAGCUGCCCCAAGUGGGCAAGCUGGACCAUGUCCUGUCGACCCGGAGACCAGCGUCCUCACAUCUGGACAGGAAACGGACGCUGACGACACUGAGAACAUCAGCCAAUCACCACAUGCUUCGUCCUUGGAAGGACCGCCCACUGACGCUCUGACGUCGAUCUCUGACCUGGCUAGUGGAGUUGAAGACGGAGGAGGAGUUGAAAGCGGAGAUGGUGGCGUUGUGCGCUCCCGCCUGAAGCACCACAGCCUGAAGCACCAGGGGCGGAUCCCGAGCAUCCGGCGCUGCCUGUGCCCUCUCUGCGGCCGCAGCUUCCCGCGCCUCGACCUGCGUCGGAACCACAUGCGCGUCUGCCCUGCGCGCUUCCCACCGGCAGCGACGCAAGGCAGUGCAAGAAGACAGUUGCAACCCCUGCGAGCGCCACCAGAUACCCCGUCCUGAUGCACUACAGCCACGCCCCCGACACACACACACACACACACACACACACACACACACACACACAAACCCCUCCUGCCACAUUAUGGGUCCACUUGAUAGCAGCUCCCGAUACCUCUGCUCUUGAUCAGGGUAGGUGGGGCCCGCCUACACUGCAUGUCUUCUGUCUAUGCCUGGUUCAAACAUAAAUGAUUGAAUUUAGUGUCGUAAUAAUAAUCUUGAGGUGUGUUCAGCUGACAUACAACUGUGCCUCUGUGUGUGUGUGUGUGUGUGUGUGUGUGUGUGUGUGUGUGUGUCUGUGUCUGUGUCUGUGU